AGAGCCUGGAAUGACAACGUUCGCACGCAAGGUUCUAGCUUCGGGCCUAACAUUUCGGACGCGUGGUUAGCCGAUGAGGAGGGCAAGAACAAUUUCCUCAUCCUUCGCCCAGAAAAUUUCAACGAGAAAAUUGCGAUCGUCAGAGCAAGAGACUUGAAACUCAUCACGGGGA